UCAGAUUUCAGCUUACAACAGACAUGGAGCCCCCGGAGCAGUUGUACUCGCUCGUGCUGGAAUUGUCGUCGCCUGAGCAGCGCGAGAGCGCCCUGCUGGAGCUCAGCAAGAAGCGCGAGGAUUUCCCCGAGCUUGCGCCUAUACUCUGGCACUCAUUCGGCACCGUGGCCGCGCUACUACAGGAGAUCGUGGCCAUCUAUCCGCUGUUGUCGCCCCCGCAGCUCACGGCCCACGCCUCGAAUCGGGUGUGCAAUGCGUUAGCGCUGUUGCAGUGCGUGGCGUCACAUUCGGAAACCCGCACCCACUUUCUCAAUGCACACAUCCCGUUGUAUCUGUAUCCGUUCCUGAACACCGUGAGCAAGAACCGUCCGUUCGAGUAUCUCCGGCUAACGAGUCUCGGCGUCAUUGGCGCGCUGGUCAAGAUUGACGACUCGGAUGUGAUCAACUUCUUGCUGCAAACGGAGAUCAUCCCGUUGUGUCUCCGCAUCAUGGAAGCUGGCAGUGAGCUGAGCAAGACAGUCGCCACCUUCAUCGUGCAAAAGAUCCUUCUCGACGACAUGGGCCUCACCUACAUUUGCCACACGCCCGAGCGGUUCUACGCCGUGGGAACAGUGUUGAGCAAGAUGGUAGCGACGCUGGUGGAAGCGCCAGCGCCGCGUCUGCUCAAGCACAUCAUUCGCUGCUACCUGCGUCUCUCGGACAACCCACGUGCUAAGGAAGCUCUCCGCCAGUGUCUACCGGAGGCUCUGCGUAACCACACGUUCGACGAGGCUCUCAAGGAAGACGCAACCACUAGCCGCUGGCUGGCGCAGUUGCUGUAUAACAUCAGCACGGACGCGAGCGUGGGCGCUGGAGCUGUCCAGGGUGCACGUCUGUCGAGUUAGGUUGGCACUAGGAAGACUGCAACACAUUUUUUUUUUUGCAAACCAGUGGAUCAAAAACCUACAGCAAAGCGAACUUCUUACACUUCAUCUCACAACUGGUGAGCCAGACGCUUGAUGAUGUCGUUGUAUAGUGACGCGUACACGUUUUCGUUGUGCUGGACAAGACGUCGCAACAUCGAAGUGGCCUCUGUGAUGUCCGCUGCAAACGGCGCCAAUGAUGAGUGUAGGUUAUCCACGUUGCCUUGUGACGCUAACGCAGACGCGAAAGCACAUGCCGCACGUGAAAAGAAGAGCUUGAACACAGGAUUAUCAGCGGCAAAUGAACCCAACAGUCGCUCUUCCAAGACUUGCAGUUCCUGAUCAACAUCUUGACUUGGCAAAUUUUCCAACUGGCGGACAUCAAAAGUUGCCUGUGCUGCGAGUUGCGCACCUGAAACUCCAGGAGACUGCAACAGUUUGCUCAAUUGUUGACCGACAUUAUGGAAGAAUCCAGUGGGUACAGCCAGACUGCGACGAGCAACGUACUCCUGAACCAGAGCCAGAAGACUCGACACUACAGCGAUGCGGUCGAGAGCGUCACGGCAAGCCCGGACUCGAGCAACAUCCAGCUCAAACGUUUCGGGCCACGCACGCGACGCUGUGCCAUCGAUAUGCUUCUCCACUAGCGCCCAGAUACUCGCGCGUACAAAGCGUUCAAAGGCCGCUCCAUCGUACUGCGCCAGUCUAGUACGCUCUGCUUGAUCAACCUCCGACCGGUUUAGAUAAUCUUUUAUCUCCAAGGUCAGCCACUUCACUGUCAAAGGAAAAGCGGCAUCCACACUCCCAGCCUCGGAAAGACGAGUCUGAAGCUGUUUCUGCUCGUACAUCACGCCAUGUCGUUGCAGAUAAGCACCGAGAAGUCCAAGAUGGGCGUUCAACACGUCACUACGCAGUUCAUCGACUUUAUCCAGCGCAAAAGCCAAGAAAGCCACCAGAAGCUGUACAGGCGUCAUGACACCCGCUGCAAUACGUUGAGCCCAGUCCGAUCGGAACUCCCGCGUGCUUGUAGCUCGAGCAGGUGCCUCCGCACGCUCGAUUGCAUCCAGAACACCAUUGCAGCGUGCUUGAAUGAUGGGAGCAUUCCUUACUGGAUCCUGCAUAAGUUCUCGCAGUUGAUCCGGGCGAAGUGCAUUAUCCACCUGGUCAGCCAAAGCUGAUAAUGCAGCACUUAAUCCAGCAGCAUUGCCUCCUCCAAGAGCGUCUCGGAAUGUUGCACGCAACUCUUCAGUGCGAGCUAGAAGCGUCUCGAUGUCAUUGGCUUCGAUCACGCGGUCCCAGAAGGCCUUGGUCAUGGCUUCACGCACUCGCACAGCCAUCGCCGCCAUUGAUUGUUGCGAUGCCACAGCCGCAGCUGAAGCUUCUACAUCUUUGUCCCUUGGAAUCCGGAACUGAGGGUUGAGAAUCAGUUCAUGCACCAACUUUCGGUCGGCAAGUAGCGACAGAUUAACCGGAGGAGACGGGCUGGAUGUUUCUUUAUCGUCAGUCAUCAUUUCAUCGUCAUCGUCUUUCUUGCCUUGGUCACCUUCAUCGCCUGUGU